AUGUCAUCAUCCUCUUCCUCGCCACCACCAACAGCAAUACAUCCACAGCCAGCACUUACUUUACCAGUUGUAUCUCCUUACCUGCUCUCUUUAUUGCAGCAACCACCCUUAUGGCCAUCAACUUUCAUUGCAGCUCCAAUUCGAAAGCCUCCAAAAGCUUAUGAAUGUACUGGAACUAGUUCAAAAGCUAUUCAGUCACAAAUUAACUACAACAAGCCCAAAAAGAAAAAGAAAGCAAGAACAACAUUUUCUGGUGGUCAAAUUCUUGAACUUGAGAAGCAGUUUGAAAAGAAAAAAUACUUAUCGUCAAGCGAACGUGUUGAACUUGCUAAAGUUCUUUGUGUCACCGAGACACAGGUAAAAAUCUGGUUUCAAAAUCGACGAACAAAAUGGAAAAAGGGUGAAAUGGAAAAAAAUGCGCUCUCAACUGGGAACAACUGUGAUACUCAAAAAGGCAGCCAACACACCAAUAUAUGA